GAAGACGGCGCACACACUUGAGAUGGAGUGGAGUCCGGUGGCGAAGGUGUACGACCCUCUGAAAGCGGGCAGCAUUGACGGCACAGAUGUGGAACCUCAUGAUGCGGGGGUGUGGCGGGCGAUGCUGGCGCGCUAUAAACCCAACAGAGGAGUCUGCGGAGACCCUGACCUCACUCUGUUCGUGGCCCGCCUCAACCCGCAGACCACCGAAGAAAAGCUCCGAGACGUCUUCUCCAAGUUCGGGGACAUCCGGAGGCUGCGUCUGGUGCGGGACGUGGUGACGGGUUUUUCCAAACGCUACGCCUUCAUCGAGUAUAAAGAGGAGCGUUCGCUGAAGAGAGCCUGGCGGGACGCUAAUAAGCUGAUCCUGGAUCAGUAUGAGCUGCUGGUGGAUGUGGAGCAGGAGCGAACGCUGCCCGGUUGGAGGCCCCGGCGCCUGGGUGGAGGACAGGGCGGACAGAAGGAGUCCGGACAGCUGCGCUUCGGAGGACGAGACAGACCCUUCCGGAAGCCCAUCAACCUGAGCACCAGGAGACCCGCGGAGCCCAGAGGGAGAGAGACGGAGCGGGAGCGGGACAGGAGAGACUACAGAGACAGGAGACACGAGAGAACACACACAGAGGACAGAACACACCGACACACAUACUGACACACACACACACACACACACACGUGGAACCCAGAUGGAGAGAGACAGAGCGGGGACACCAGAGAGAGGAGACUCGAAAACACACACACACACACACACACACACACACACACACACACACACCGCUUCAGUGACUCUUUCUGUUCAAAAUAAACAGCAGCUGUUUCUGACAGA